AUGAUUGCACACAAUGACCAAGCAGCUAAAGGUCGAUCCUUGAUCCAGCGCAUCUUCAAGAGCUACGAUGCUCAAUACGGACAGAGCUCGGCCAGUAUCCAAGUUUAUGAUACUGCAUGGGUCGCCAUGGUGACGAAGACUGUGGACGGGAAGAAGAAAUGGGCAUUCCCCGAGUCCUUCGAUUACCUUUUGAGAGCCCAACUACCAGACGGGAACUGGUCCUCUCAUUCAACAUCUCAGACAGUCGGGAUCUUGGAUACAUCAGCUGCACUGUUGGCUCUUCUCCGCCAUCUUACAGACCCACUACAGAUCGACGAUGUGUCUUCAGAAGCAAUUCGAAAAGGAGCAGAUAGCGCAAUCAACUCGUUGCGCUCUCAGCUGGAGCAAUGGAACGACGUAUUCGAUACAAACCACAUCGGCGUCGAAUUGAUUGUUCCGGCACUUCUCGAGUAUCUCGAAGCAGAAGGCCUGUUCUUCGAGUUCCAGAGCAAGAAGAUGCUUCUACAAAUGCAUGCAGCCAAGCUGGCUAGGUUCAAGCUCGAAUCUGUUUACGGACCUACACCCUCUACAGCCCUGCAUUCUUUAGAAGCCUUCAUUGGGAAGAUUGAUUUUGACAAGGUUGCUCAUCACAUCUUCCGGGGUUCUAUGCUUGCUUCUCCGUCUUCAACUGCUGCUUAUCUUACGCAUGCGUCGUCCUGGGACGAUGGAGCAGAGAGAUACCUUCGGCACAUUAUCAAGGAGGGUAUGGGACAUGGCGAUGGCAGUGUUGCUGGAACCUAUCCUAUCACAUACUUUGAGUAUAGUUGGACUAUUUCCACGUUGUUGAGAAGUGGCUUCACAGUUUCCGACUUGGAAUGCCCAGCAUUACAUGGUAUGGCACAGGUGCUCCUUGAUGGUUUUAAGGAAGAUCGCGGGAUCAUCGGAUUCGCACCGCGCGCGGUGGAUGUAGAUGAUACGGCAAAGGGGCUUCUUGCACUAAGACUGCUGGAAAAAACUGAAGGUGUGAGUCCCAAGGUGAUGAUCAAAGUGUUUGAACGAGCCGACCAUUUCACAACUUUCGGCUCUGAGAGAGACCCUAGCUUCACAUCUCAUUGCCACGUGCUGCUUGCGCUCCUUGCCCAGGAGAAUGUAGCAGAAUAUGCGCCUCAGAUUGAGAAGGCAGUGAAGUUUAUGUGCAAUGCCUGGUGGACCAGCGAUUACAGAAUCAAGGACAAAUGGCAUUUGAGCCAUUUGUACCCAACAAUGCUGUUAGUUCAGGCCUUUACCGACGUACUUGCUCUGGUAGACCGAGGGGAGCUAUUGUUUCUCAACGAGAACCUGAGGUGGCAGAUUUCCAUCUCUCUAUUCCAAGCUUGUCAUAGGACCUUACUAGAGCAACGUCAGGACGGCUCUUGGAGCGAGAUGCCAGAGCAAACGGCAUAUGCGAUCUUGGCACUGGCUGAAGCCCGCCGCGUCUGCUUCUUCUCGAGUAUUCUGCCCGCCUUGCAAGCUUCCAUCGACCGUGCGAUUACUUUCUUGAAAGACUCGCCUGAUCACUGGGCGGUGGACCACAACUGGACCUCCAAGACAGCCUACAAUGUCCGUUUCGUAGCCGAGGCGUAUAUAUUGGCAGCUACAAACAUGUCUUCGACAGUCGGAGAAGUUGCGUCCAUCGGCACUAGCCUGGGGCUUGGGAUAUCCACUGGCGAACUCGAUGCAUACCAGAAACUUGUUUCCAAAACACCGCUAUUUGCUAGUCUUCCAGAUUGGGAAGUCCGGACCUCGCUUAUUGAGUCAGCUCUUUUCGUACCGUUGCUAAAAGCACGACGGCUUGAUGUCUUUCCAAGGGACAAGGUACCAAUAACAAAGGACACGUACUUCACCAUAAUCCCAUUCACUUGGGUCGGCUGCAACAACCGUUCGCGCACAUUUGCAUCGGCCUUGUACUUGUACGAGAUGAUGCAUAUCUCCCUGUUGGGUUUCCAAACCGAUGAGUUUGUCGAAGUCGUUCUUGCUCCAGCCUUUGAGGACGACAUAUCCGGCUUGCAUGACCUUAUCGAUCGGGUCAUUGAUAAUAUCGCGGAGACCAGCCAGCAUAAGAACGGCGUUACGAAAACAAACGGCCGUGUGGGUGAGAAUGGAAUUCAUGAAACCGAUGGUUCAACAACGGAAAAAGAAGAUAUCGUCAUUUUGCUAUCUCGCUUUGCGGAGCAUGUUCUUCACCACCCUUCUGUACUAGAAGCGAGUCGCUGGGACCGUGAAAACUUACGCAGCGAGUUGAAGACCUUUCUUCACGCGCACACCACUCAAGUGGGUGAUAAUAAGCGAUUCGCAGCCCAGCUUUCCGGUAAUGCGGACGAGGAUGACACGUACAACUCGCCAGGCCGGAGUUUCUUUCAGUGGCUACACUCUACUGCAGCCGACCAUGUCGCUUGUGCGUACUCUCUCGCAUUUUCAACUUGCCUAAUUUCAGCGUCCCUGGGUAAAGGCGAUCAAGUGUUUGACACAGUGAUGCAGAAACACCUAGCUGCUGUUGUGUCUCGCCAUGCAUCGGUAUUAAACCGGUUGUACAACGACUACGGCUCCUUGGGGCGCGAUACAACCGAGCGGAAUGUUAACUCCAUGCAUUUCCCAGAAUUUGCUACCUACAAGGGAGAAGCUGCCAAGAAACAAGCCCUGGUCGCGCUGGCUGAGCUCGAGUCCAGAGGGCUGGAAGAGGCCCUGAGACGAUUGGAGUACGAGGUAGGCUGGACCGAACCCGACAACCUCCCCAGAGCGUUUGACCAGCGCAAGGUGGAUAUUCUCAAGUUCUUUUGUAAUGUUGCUGGCUUUUAUGACCAGCUGUAUAUGGUUCGUGACCUCUCGAGCGCCAAGGUGCGGGCUACCUAA